AUGUGUGACGCGUUUUAUUUUAACAAAAAUAAAAAGUGCAUUCAAUGCAAAACCGGGAAAUUAUUUGGAAAUACAUGUUAUGAUUUGUCUUCUGUUUCAAAUUGUAAAAAAUCGAACAAAAAUUUUGGGUGCGAAGAUUGUGAAAAUGGAUAUGGCAAUUCGAUAUAUUCUUGUAACAGUUGUGGUUCCAAUUGUAAUCGGUGCGUGUCAAAUACCUUACAAAAUUCAUUUACAUGUAUUGAAUGUAAAAAUGGUUAUUAUUUGAAAAAUGGGGAAUGUGAAACGUAUGACAACACUAACACUAAACUAUUCUCAUUGAAUUAUACAAUAUUAUGUCAUAGUGGAUAUUACUCUACUGUAACGAGUUGUGAAAAGUGUAUCGAUAAUAAUUGUAAUAUAUGUGUUGAAACUGGCAUGAGGUGUGUUAUAUGUAACACCAAAUAUUAUUUAGAAAACGGGAAAUGUAUACCAUUUAAAGAAGGCACUUUAUAUUCACAAGAUAAUUUUGUAACAUGUGAAAAAGGGUAUUACGUGAACAUAAUUCAAAAUAAAGAAACAACUUGUACUAAAUGUUCAGAAACGUAUGGUGAAAAUUGUAAAACAUGUAAUUCAAAAAUAUGUACAAAUUGCACAAAAGGUGUUUUAGAUUCAAAUGGUUAUUGUACAUUAAACAGUGGGUGUGAGAUUAUUGAAAAUGGUAUGUGUGUCAGAUGUCAAACUCAAUUGAACACACAAUAUUUUAAUGGUGCUAAAUGUGUGUUAUGUGAUAAAAGUGUGAAUUGUACAAAAUGUGAAUUUAAUAAAUGUGUAGAAUGUUCAGAAAAUAGUUAUUUGUACGACGGCGAGUGUCACUCUACUAUCAAUAAGAAUUGUGAAAUUAUUAGUACAACAAACAACUUCUGUUUAAGUUGUCCAAAUGGGUUUUAUUUAAACACUCAAAAGAUGUGUAUAAGUUGUGGCAAUAAUUGUAGUGUUUGUUCUUUAGAAAGUGUAUCGAGUACGCGCUCUUUUAAGUUGGAUGACGCUUCUGUUACACAAAAUGAUUUAACUUUGGUUUGUAAAUUAUGUAAAGGUGGGUAUGCUUUUAAAGAAAACACAGGUAUAUGUCUUGAUUCAAAAGAAACAACAGAAAACUGUAAAAAUGCCAUUCCAGGAACAUCUUCAAGUGGCUGUGCCGUUUGUAUGGAUGGGUAUUAUAGAGAUAAUGUCAUUUGUAAACCAUGUAUUUCCAAUUGUGAAUAUUGUAACACCAAUUCAACGUGUUUAAUUUGCGCAUCAGAGUAUUUCUUGUUGACCAAUUCGACAAGAUGUGUUCCAAAUUCUGAAAAUUUAAAUUGUAAAAAAGUGUUGCCAAGUGGGUGCGACAUGUGUAAUGAUGGCUUUUUCGUUGAUAAACAAUUUUGUACUUCCUGUGAUUUGAAAACGUCUUUUUGUGUAAAUUGUAAUAAACAAAGUGGUCAAUGCAAUUCGUGUAUGCCAAACUACAUUUUAUCGGGACAGUCUUGUGUUACAUUUUCAACAAUUAAAAAUUGUAAAGAAGAACAGAAUUCUAAAUGCUCAAAAUGUUCUUUCUGGUACAUUCCAAGUGUAAAUGGAAUUGGUUGUAAAUCACAUGCAGUUUGGUGGAUCAUUUUAUUGGUGAUUCUCUUUUUGAUAAUAUGUGUUGUAUUUGUCAUUUUCAUUGCCUUUUAUUUCACAAAGUUUGUAUCAAAGAUAAUCCACAAACAAAAACAGGAAGAAACAACAACUAUUUUUAAUAUGAACAAAUCGAAUGUGUAUUUCACACCGAUAACACCAUCAUCUAAAAUAGUUGUUAAUAAAAAUGCACUUGAAUUUAUUGGUGGCGAUAAAAUCGAAAUUCCUGUUUCUGAAGAAACACGAGAACUUUUGUGUGUUGGUAACUGUGCCAAAAAUUCGAUCAAAGUGCAAUUUUCAACACAAGAAAGUGUAAAAAAGUAUUCGCUACAAAUAGUCCCACAAAUAAUUGUAAUCCCAAGAGGCAAAGCAGUUGAAUUUGGAAUUUCGGUCAUUCCGAAUUGCACUUGUAAUAUAUCAGAUGAUAUUCUUUUAAUUUCAGUCAACUUAAAAAGUGGUGUAACUGAGACGAAUAAUAUCAAAAUUGGGUUUUCGACUGAAAUCACGACAAAACUCGACUAUGACGAAAUCAACAAAGAUAAAAAAGUUGGCGAAGGAUCUUUUGGUAUUGUUUACAAAGGCACUUUUAGAGGAAAUAUUGUUGCCAUCAAACAAAUGAAAAACUCAAAUCAUUUGGAUGAUCAAAUGGCAGAGUUUACAAAAGAAGUUGAAAUGUUAGACAAAUUCCGAAGUGAGUAUAUUGUUUACUUUUAUGGCGCUGUUUUUGAUAUCAAUAAAACGUGUAUGGUCACCGAAUUUGCAAAUUUAGGGUCUUUGAAUGAUUUAAUAAGUCACAAGCAGUCUGAAGAAGUUAACACAAAAAUAAGGGUGAAACUAUUGCUUGAUGGAGCAAAAGGAAUUUCUUAUUUGCAUUCAAAUGGAAUAUUACACAGAGAUAUCAAACCGGACAAUUUCUUGGUAUUUUCACUUGAUAUAAACGACAAAGUUAACGCGAAGUUGACUGAUUUUGGGUCAAGUAGAAACAUCAAUUUGUUAAUGACCAACAUGACAUUCACGAAAUGUAUUGGAACACCAAGUUACAUGGCACCCGAAGUAUUAAAGAAGGAACACUACAAAAGUGUAGCAGAUGUGUAUUCAUUUGGUAUCACAAUGUAUGAAAUUUUUGCUUGGAAAGAAGCGUAUCCAACAAAGAAAUUCAAAUUUCCAUGGAAAAUAGCUGAAUUUGUUAUGUCAGGCAAGCGCGUCGAAAAGAUUGAAACUAUGACUGAUAAUGAAUAUGAAAUCGUUCAGAAAUGUUGGUGCACAAAUCCAAUUGAUCGUUUAAAUAUAACUCUAAUCAUAAAAGAACUGGAUACUCUUUUAAAACAAUAG